GUACGAUUUUCAAAACACUAAGUGCUAUAAAAAAAAGGGUCAACCUUUUUAUUUAUUUUUUCUAAAAACAAUUUAAACUCUGCAGUAAAUUCCAACUCCCGAACACGUUAAAAGCUAAAUUAAAAAAUUGUACCAAUUCAGGUGAUUAGGAGAUCUUAACAAGAAAAAACGUUAACUUUAAUUGUGUCGAAGCUAUAAUACCAUUCACAGGUAAAUUUUUUAUAGCCUAACGUCUUUGUGUAGUAUAUGCUAUAGUUGUUUUGACAAAUAAGCAGCUUCUUGGAGACAAAAGACAAAGGUAAAAUUUCAAAACGAUAUCUCAAAAACUAUGCGACUAUUUCGCGUAUACACAAUAGAACAGACUGACAUAGCUUAAACUACUCAGCUCCUUACGCCGAUCAUUUAUACAUAUAUGUACAUGUUACAAACAUCUUAAUAUACCUUAUUCAGGGUAUAAAACUACAAAAAACCAAUUGUGUUAUUCUGUUAUAAGUUCCUUAUAUUUAGCCAAAUGCGCAGCACACCACAUAAAAUGCAUUCAGUGUGCAGCAGCCGUUAGCAAUAUCAACAAGUGCCAUUGCAAUAAAAAAUCGUCUAUUUUAAAAGUACCAGUAAGGUACUUCUACGCGCGACAAAUUCCCCAUAAUUGGCCUACCUAAAAGUAUGCAUAAAUUAAGUUUGUAAAAGAGUUAAAAAAGUUCAAAAAAAAAAGAAAAAAAUAUUUGAAAUCGUUUAAAAAUGUCGAUAAUCGAAUUGGAAUCAUUAUUGUAUCGCAAACGGAAUGUGGUAUAUGCUUUUGUGCGCCAUAAGCUAAUGCUGCUCUGUAAACAGUCGUUGAUACGCGUGCAGUCCGCUGAAGGCAUAAAACGUAUCGAGAUUUCGCCGAAAGCUAACUUAAAGGAGCUCUUCGAAAUGGUGCAUCACAAUCUCAAAAUUGACGGCUUCGGACUCUUCAAGGAGCGCAAUUUUCUUACAGAGUUGCAUUCUAGUCAGUCGCAGAAAAUUGGCAACUGUCUUAAACAUGGUGACAUGCUGUUUCUAAAGAAAAUAGCUGGUGGAUCGAUUCGUCGUACUAGCACCACAGCCAUUGAUGAUUUUGAGACUUCGAGCGUUAAUUUAACGGCAGCAAGCAGCACGAAAUUAUUUCAGCCAUCUACCGCCGUCAUGGAAGAUGAAGUGGAUCAAACGUUAGCCAAAAUAGAUGGCUUAAUAGAACGUCCACGUGAUGCCAAACUCUGUCGUCACAAUGCCAAUGGUCGUUGUGUGCAUUGCUCACCACUUGAACCGUACGAUGAUAACUAUCUGAAGGAGCAAAAGAUCAAACAUUUGUCUUUCCAUUCAUAUAUACGCAAACAAAAGUCGGGCAUUGAUCGUGGCAAGUAUGUCGCUUUCGAUGAUAUCAAUUGCCGCAUAAAGCCAGGCUGUCGUGAGCAUCCUCCAUGGCCCAAGGGUAUCUGUUCCAAAUGUCAGCCAUCGGCUGUAACGCUAAAUCGUCAAAUUUAUCGACAUGUUGAUAAUAUUAUGUUCGAGAAUCCAACAAUAAUUGAGCGUUUUCUCGACUAUUGGCGUACAACAGCUCAUCAGAGAAUGGGUUACCUAUAUGGUACCUAUGAGGUACAUGCCGAUGUGCCACUUGGUAUACGUGCAACUGUGGCGGCCAUUUACGAGCCGCCACAGGAAUCGACACGUGAUUCGAUUCGAUUGUUGGACGACGAAGCAGCUGCUGAGGUGGAUGAGUUGGCGCAGGCUUUGGGUUUAAAGAAAGUUGGUUGGAUUUUCACUGAUCUCAUAACCGAUGAUCCAGCUGUUGGUAGUGUCAAGCACUUACGUGGCAUUGAGACGCAUUUCCUCACUGCGCAGGAGUGCAUCACCGCGGGUGAACUGCAAAAUCGCCACCCGAAUCCAUGCAAAUAUGGCUCUAGUGGUUACUUUGGCUCGAAAUUCGUUACAGUGUGUGUAACAGGCGAUAGCAGCAAGCAAGUGCAUACAGAGGGAUAUGCUGUAUCAGCUCAAUGCAUGGCUUUGGUGCGUGACAAUUGCUUAAUACCCACCAAAGAUGCACCCGAAUUGGGUUAUGUACGUGAAUCAACAGAUAAACAAUAUGUUCCAGACGUAUAUUAUAAGGUGAGUCAAAUAUUUCUUGGUUUUCUACUAUAA